AUGGAUUCUCUAAGUACUCAGAAAACUAAAUCAAGAAAGAUAAAGAGGAUUGCGAAGAAGUCUCGUGUUCAGAUAAUCUUGGAUCUGUUUUUCCGAGCGAUCGAGAUAGUCGUGGUUUUGGUUACAGUAGCUAAGCUUUGUAAUGAGCUCGUUGUCACGUUCCAAGACUCUGGUGUUGCGGAGGUUAUUCUCGCUAACCGUAGUCUUGCGUUUGUUGUCGGAAACGCGAUUGUCAUCGCUCUGAUCGCUAAAUCCGGCGUUUUCUUUAAUCAAGAAAUUGAUCCAAAGUGCAAAAGAAACGAUCUUUACGAUGAGUUUGUUCGAGAGAGCUCAAAUAGAAACAGAGGAAAACAUAGUGAAGCAGAGAACGAGGCUACACAGAGCAUAACCGAAACCAGAACAAAACAGAGUGAAGUACAGAAAGAGAAACAGAGCGUAACUGAGAAGAUAGAAAAGCAGAGCAUUUCCGAGAAGACGGAGAAACAUAGCGUAACUGAGAAGAAGACAAAACAGAGCAAACCAGAGAAGAUGACAAAACAGAACGUCGUUGAGAUAACUGUGAAGAAGACAGAGAAACAGAGUUUGAUUGAGAAGAAGCAAAGUCAGAGUUACCGGAGAAGCAAGUCGGAGAAUCUGGAGAGUUUGGAGAAGAGUUCCUGUGGAAGAUUAAGGAGAUCGGAGACGGAUGUAUCUUCUGAAAUAUUUGAUUUCGACGAUGAACUCCGAUACAAGAUCGAGUCUUUCAUUGCGAGGCAGAGGAGGAAUCAAAAUGAUGAUUAG